AAUAAGAGCAAAGUAAACAAAAGCCUCUCUUAGCUGCUUUCCUCCUUCUCCUCUUUAAUUCUCCUUUUCCUUUCUUUCUUGGCUCUGGUAUUCCCUUAGUGUGAUUCUCCACCAUAUUUCCAAAAGACCCAUCAAACUUUAAUAAAGAAAAAAGAUCAAAAACCAUGGUUUUCUCGUCUGUUCCACUCUAUUUAGAUCCUCACAAUUGGCAGCAGCAACCUAAUCAUCAACAAGGAAUCGACACUCAAAAUCCGCAGCUUCUUCCACCAGUAGUACUGCCCCCGCCAGCCGGCCAUCAUGCCGGCGGUGAGGCUGUCUCGAUCAGGCCUGGUUCGAUGGCUGAUCAAGCCAGGUUAGCAAAGAUACCGCAGCCAGAAAUAGCUCCCAAGUGUCCCCGCUGUGAAUCCACCAAUACUAAGUUUUGCUACUUCAAUAAUUACAGCCGUUCUCAGCCCCGUCACUUCUGCAAGACAUGUCGGCGUUACUGGACCAGAGGGGGUGCCCUUAGGAAUGUUCCAGUGGGUGGGGGUUGCCGUAGAAACAAGAAAAACAAAAGCAAUCGCAGCACUAAGUCUCUGGCUGCCGCUGAGAAACAAACGGGUCCUAACUCUAGCAGUGCAACUCCCUCAUCUGCCUGUGCCCCAGAUCAGAUAAUUGGCCAUUUUUCACAGCAAUCACCUCAUCAAUUACCCUUUCUAACCUCUUUACAGAAUCUUACCCGCUAUGGUAUGGGAAAUAUUGGCUUAAACUUCAGUGACAUCCAGGCACAGACUGAUUUGGGGUAUCAGAUUGGAAGCAGUUCAGGUGCAAGCAACGCGAUUUUAUCUAGUACAGGAGGAGUAGAUCAGUGGCGUUUGCAACAAUUCCCUUUCAUGGGUGGCUUUGAAUCACAGGCAGGUCUAUACUCAAUUCAAAGUGAAGGUGUCGAAUCACCAUCUCCUUUAGCUGGAGAUACUGAGCUAAGGACUAUGACGUCAAAUUCUAGGGUUUCUCAGCUUCCUCCAGUGAUGAAAAUGGAAGAAAGACAUGGGCAGAAUUUAUCUGCAGGUCUCAACUGGGGAGGAAAUUCAUGGACAGAUUUAUCAGGUCUUCACUCUUCUUCCACCAGCCAUCUGCUGUAAUUCUGAUAUUUCUGGAUCUUCAUAAGCUCAUCUUGAAGCUAAAGCCUUAAUCCAGAAUUUAGAUUUCCAUUUAACAGAUUUCAACUGCAGAUUCCAAACGCUCAGACUGUAUUAUAUAUGUAUGAAGACCGGUCGAGAUGGCUAAUUAAAGGCUAUGAGGAAACUUGUAAUUCUCAUGCUGCAUGAUCAUCCUAGAAAGAACCCAAGAAAAUACUAGAAUUGAUCGUUUUCAUAUACUUUUUAAA